AAAGUUUAACGCGUUUCAUUCUCUGGUGUAAACAAUUUCGUGUGUAAUAUUCGUAUCAAACCAUAAAAAUGCUUCCGGAAACGCUCGUGUUCGCGAUUGCGAUGCUCAUCACCGGUGCCAUCCUGUUCCUGCUGAUCUACUUUGUGAUUAUCCUGUCCGACCUGGAGUGUGACUAUUUGAACGCCCAGCAGUGCUGCUCGAAGCUGAACUUUUGGGUCGUUCCGAAGCUGUCCGCCCACUGCUUCCUGGCGUUCGUGCUGCUGCUCAACGGAAGCUGGAUUCUGUUCAUCGCGAAUGCACCGAUGGUGGUUUGGCUGCUGUAUGAUCUGAUAAAGGUGCCGACUGGGAAUUUGGGCAUUUACGAUCCGGCCGAGAUCCACAACCGGGGCAUGGUGAAGAGGCACCUGAGGGACACGAUGAUCGGGCUCGGGUUCUACAUGAUCAUCUUUUUCGUGUAUUUGUACUGUAUGAUCAUUGCCAUGCUCAAGGGAGAUCCCAUCCGGCGACACGAAGAAGAGGAUAUCAUUACGGAGUUCUAGCCCAUGGUGAACCAGCUUAGUCUCAACACUAGGCAACGGUUCAGAAUCUAGGCCCCCGGAAGGAAGUGCUUCCUUAUUCGAUAUACGUGUGAGUGUCUGUGUGUGAGUGUGUCUUUGUAGUAUGAUCUCCAUCAGCGAAUGUAUUUCUAUACAAGUCAAGUAUUUGUUAACUAAUACUCAUUUUAGCGGAAAUUGACGUUUCUUUCAGAAUAACUCAAAAAGUAGUGAAGCGUUAUGGAAUAUUUCUCAAUUGUAGAUCACAGCGUUAGGAAUUUCGAAACCAAAGUGACGACUAGACUUUACGAACGAAAUAAACACUUAUUGAAAUAAAAA